AUGGCAACGUGUGUGACAGGCUGUGCACCAGCGGUGCGUUUUUGUCAGAGGGUAAACCGGCUCAAGACACUAGACAAUGACAUCAUGGCGACAUCGCUUAAGCGCUGCCUGUCCACCUUUGACCUCACUCUGAUGGGUGUUGGUGGCAUGGUGGGCUCCGGGCUUUACGUUCUGACAGGCACAGUGGCCAGAGACAUGGUGGGGCCUGCUGUUAUCUUAUCCUUCCUUUUUGCAGGUGUUGCUUCCUUAUUGGCUGCCUUUUGUUAUGCUGAGUUUGGAGCACGCAUUCCCAAAACAGGAUCUGCCUACAUGUUCACCUAUGUCUCUGUGGGAGAGAUCUGGGCCUUUCUCAUUGGCUGGAAUGUCGUCUUGGAGAACAUGAUUGGUGGUGCUGCUGUUGCACGUGCAUGGAGUGGCUACCUAGACUCCAUUUUUGACCACGCCAUUCAGAACUUCACUGAGACACACGUCAUGCAGUGGAAUGUGCCCUUCCUUGCUCAUUAUCCUGACCUGCUUGCUGCGGGGAUUCUAGUGGUUGCCUCUUUUUUCAUAUCCUUUGGAGUUCAAGUAUCUUCUUACCUCAAUCACAUCUUCUCCACCAUAAGCAUGGGUGUCAUAGCUUUCAUCCUGGUAUUUGGCUUUGUCCUGGCUGAACCAGCCAAUUGGAGCCAGAAAGAAGGAGGUUUUGCCCCUUUUGGAUUAUCUGGAAUAUUGGCUGGCUCAGCCACUUGUUUCUACGCAUUUGUGGGCUUUGAUGUUAUUGCUUCCUCAAGUGAGGAGGCAAAAAACCCACAGAAAGCGGUUCCAAUAGCUACAGCCAUCUCACUGGCCCUGGCAACAACAGCCUAUAUUCUGGUUUCUGCAGUACUCACUCUAAUGGUACCCUGGCACACACUGGACCCCAACUCAGCACUCGCAGAUGCAUUCUUCCGCCGUGGUUACAGUUGGGCUGGAAUUGUCGUGGCAAUCGGUUCCAUCUGUGCCAUGAACACUGUGCUGCUCUGCAACCUCUUCUCACUCCCCCGGAUUGUUUAUGCCAUGGCGGAAGAUGGACUGUUCUUCUCCUUUUUUGCUAGAGUCAAUCCUGUCACCAAGGUCCCUGUCAAUGCUAUUCUGGUGUUUGGUAUUUUCAUGGCCAUCAUGGCUCUCAUCUUUGACCUGGAAGCCCUGGUCCAGUUCCUAUCCAUUGGCACUCUCCUGGCCUACACCUUUGUAGCCGCCAGCAUAAUUGUGCUGCGCUUCCAGCCUGAGAAAACUUGCUCCAAGGAGACUGCCACCACAUCUCCCAACACUAAUGCUGAGCCCUCCCCUGCAGCCACUGAAUCUCAAACUAUAACUGAGAACAGUGGGGAAAUGGAGGAGUAUGAGUCCUUUUCUGACAAGCUUCAGUUGGUGGAGCGAGAGAAGAAAAGGGAGCGCCGUGGAGUGGGGCAGCUGAGGGCCUACUGGGAACCCUACCUGGGGUGGCUGCUGGGGGACUUUGAGCCAGGGGAGGUGGUGGCUUUCUGUGUGCUGGCUCUGAUGGUGAGCUCAGUAUCCCUCUGUGCUGUUCUGGAGUUUGGGAACAACCAGCUUCAGCUGCCAGUCUGGAGCUUCACAAUGCUACUGGUGAUUUUUAGCCUCGCUUUUGUCAUCAGUCUAGCACUCAUAUGGAUUCAUGAGCCCCAAACCAAAAAGAAAACCUUCCAGGUGCCCCUGGUUCCAUUGAUUCCAGGUACAAGUAUCCUCCUUAAUGUGUUCUUGAUGCUGAAACUUAGUUCCCUCACCUGGGUCCGUUUUGCCAUAUGGAUUGCCAUAGGUCUGUGUGUGUAUUUUGGCUAUGGGAUCUGGCACAGUAAGGAGGGCUUGCGAGAGCUUCAGCCCAAGGACAUGGCUGCCAGGUAUGUGGUGUUACCCAGUGGCAGUCUGGUAGAGACAGUGCAGUCUGUCCAACCAGAUGGACAAGUUGACACCUCAUCUCACCACAUCAGCCCGACUACCGCCGUGACAUCUGAGGAGCAUCUGGAAAAGAGAUGA